AUGUAUGGAAUUGAUUCUUCAGUUGCAGAUGAGCAUGAUUUAUUCGCCCCCAAAAUAUGUAUUACGCUGCAACCGUGUGUCUCCCAACCACUCGCAUGGAAACCACGUCGUAUCCUUCGCCCACCGACGAAUUUCGAGGAUCUCUUCGCCAGAUACUAUCAUAGAGAAUGUAUGAAGUGCUCCAAGAGCCCCCUGAAUCCGAUCAUCUGCCUAUUCUGUGGCGAAUUGCUGUGUCUCGACGAUUGUUGUCAAACGACGCAACAACACGCGUCGGCCGAUCGAAUCACGCAUACAUCUGAAAUGGAAUCGCACGCCGAAUGCUGUUCCUCCUCAUCAGGACUCUUCAUCUCGCUGACGUCAUCAAUGAUUCUGGUGUCACGUGGACGUCAAUCGGCCAUCUGGGGUACGGUGUAUCUCGACGCGCACAAAGAAGAAGACAGAAAUCUGAAACGUGGAAAACCGCUGUACUUGUGCGAGACACGACUGCGAUGGCUGGAAUACGAUUGGGCGGAUCAGGAGUGGCAGAGGGUGUACCAGUGGUACAGUAUGUUUCAUUCGAAUGUAUUCAUUAAUAGUAUUAGAGAUUGCCAUCUUCAUCAGUAG